UGAUACACCCGUGACGUCCCAGCCUGAUGUCAUAUGAGCGGGGGGCAAAUCCAAAACCAACAUUUGGAGAAUGUGUUGUACCUGACAGCCGUGAUGUGUUGUCUGGCAUGGUUUGACGCAUGAAGUGCAGCCGAUUGGAGUCAAAAAUAAAGAAACGCAGACAUUAACUACACAAAGGCUUGUAUUGUUAUCAAUCCAUGGACUAUCUGCUGUUACAGUGGAAUAUUUUAAAUGCGCGACUUAUCAGCCCUUAAUAUGCCCUUAAUAGCCACUAUGGCUAAAUCUAAAUUCAACCAAACUGAACAUUGGAAGACUAAACUAAGAAAAAAAACUCAAUUUUCUGUAAUCUUAAAAACCUAAACUGCUGUUACGUUGACUGUUUAAUUGUUUAAUGUUCGGAACUACAAGGCCCACAAUUCCUUUCACCUCUCCCCAGUCUCACCGUUGCCCUGACGACCGCGGCGUACACUUCACACGGAAAGCUAGCCUGUUGGGUAGCUAUGGGGUUUUGGUUGUUGGUUCGUUUGUUUGAUUGUUUGUUUUCUUAAUGUGUUCUGAAGCUUUCUGAGUUCAUAAAAAUUACGGAACCAUGAAGGAAUCCCCGAAAGAACAGUUUCCGUCGGCGUCACCUGGCUGCCGCCCCCCAGGGUGCCCCGGUGACGCGCCUCGCGGGGGAGACGACACCGAGAUGGAGAUAAAGCAGAUAACCUUGCACGAGAGAUCUCAGGAAGCGAAACAACACAGCAAGAAGAAUGGCGUUCUAACUGCUGACAUGGUCUGCAGGCACGUGUCCAGCCAGGGGCGAGUUGGCACUGGGCUGCAGUAUUCCUACCACCACCUGUGUUUGCCUAGUCAAGAUCUCAGGGACAUCUCUGUUUUAUGUAAUUAUGUCCAUCUUCAAAAGCUGCAACUGCCACACAACAAAAUCAAAGAUUUAUCCUGUGUGAGCCACAUGCCCCAACUCGCCAUCCUGGACGCUUCUCACAACGAAAUCUUCAGCUUCUUUGGAUUCCAGCCCCCCAAGAACCUAAAAGAAGUCAAUUUCUCCCACAACCACAUAACAAAAAUGAAGGACUUGUCAGCCUUUUCAUCUCUUAGUAAUUUGGAUCUGGGCCACAACCGUUUCAGUGCGAUCGAGGGACUUGAGCGAUGCUGCAAGCUCACCGAUCUCAACCUGGAACACAACAAGAUCUCCAGGAUCAGCGGCCUGGACAGUCUGCCGCUCACACGCCUCUGCCUUAGGGGAAACCAGCUGGAGAGGAUUGAAGGGUUGGAUAAUCUGAAGUCUCUGCAGGUUGUCGACCUGUCUCUGAACCGCAUCAUCGCUCUCUCUGGCCUACAGAGUCUCCACCUCCUGGGCUCUAUCAAUCUGGAGAAAAACCUGAUCAGUGAAAUUCAAGAGUGCAAACACAUUCAUGAUCUCUUCCUGUUGAGGGACCUCAACCUGCUGGGAAACCCCGUGCAGGAGCAACCCGAUUACAGAUUGGCAGUUGUCUUUCUCCUUCAACAUCUGACGACGCUGGACACAGAGAAGGUCACUGCUGAAGAAAAGGUGUCAUCAGUGAACAAGUACGACCCUCCUUUGGAUGUGGUGGCAGCCAGGGAUCACAUGACCCACCUGGUGUAUCAUCUCAUGCAGCCUCAGGAGCUCUAUGACAGUACUAUGCCCAGUGCUGACACUCCAUAUCCAAUGCUGGUUUUGACCGGUCCUCAAGGCUGUGGGAAGAGAAAUCUGGCUCACAGACUUUGUCAGGAGUUGAGCGAAUACUUCGCCUACGGAACCUGUCACACCACAAGGGGCCCCUACUUGGGAGAGGAGAAUGGAAUUGAUUACCAUUUUGUCAGUGAGGACACUUUUCAGAACAUGAUUCACAUGGGUAAAUUCAUCGAGACCAUGCAGAACGGGGGUCACAGCUACGGUCUGAGCAGAGACGCCGUGGAGGAAGUAGCCAAAGAAGGACUAGCCUGCUGUGUGCACAUGGAGCUGGAGGGCGUGCUCAGUCUGAAGAACAGCCACUUCGAGCCUCGAUACAUCCUGCUCAUCCCCACCCGGGUGGACAAAUACACGGAGAACCUGAAAAGCAGCGGCCUCGACACCGCGGCACAGAUCGAACAGGCGAUGUCACGCGUGGAGCUCUACGCCAGUACACACCGGCACAGACUGGGAUUCUUCGAUAAUGUCAUCCCCUGUGAUGACUGGGAGGAAACCUAUCAGGCACUGAAGCAAAUAGUGAAGGAGUACCUGUUGCUCGAGGAGAAGGAAGAAGGAGAAAGCCAGGACAGCGCGUCGCCUGACGACCCCUCAACUGGUCCCCAGCUGGAGGAGAAACAGCAUCUGACUCCAACCCGGUCGAGGUCAGGAUCAUGGCCACUGACGUCACACUCCUUCAAAGCUCUUGACCCCUCGGACCUGUCUUACAGACACUACUUCAACAAGAUCCAGUUGGAGCUCGGCCCCCAGAGGAGCGGCGCCGAGGUAGCUUCCAUCAGGAGGCGUGAGCGGCAGGUGAGAGAGGCCAUUGUGGGGAAGAGUCCCGGGAUCUACAGCCAGCUCUUCAAAAGCUCUGCUCAAACAGCAUCCCCAUCCGCGCUGAAUCCUGAUUCCCAUUUUAGUGAGGACAGCUCCGAUGGGUCUCCUGCCAGCUCGGCGCCGACUGUGCCCGGUUCAGCCGGGGGCUUUUCUGCCUCAGUGCGGCCACUAGAUGUGUCUGUCCUGGGACCCACCUUGGAAACACUCAAAGGCGACACUCCCGAAGGCCCGCCGGUGGGCACGGACCCGCCCGCCGGGGCCGCGUCUCCCUCCUCGGAUAGACGUCCCGGCUCCAACGUCAAGCCCAUCCUGCCGCCCAUCCCGUUCGGGCGCAAGACCCCCGGCUCGCCCAGCCCAGUGCCUUCAUCCCAGGGCCAUCGCUCGGACACGGCGGCGAGGGAGAGGGAGGAGAUGCAGAGAAGAAGGGAUCGCUUCACGUAGCUCAGGAAAUGAGUCAAAGCCAAUCUGUCGGUAAAAGUAUUCAAGGAUGUUACUUAAAUUAUGAGCAUAGUCGGUUAAACUGCAAGAAAAUGAAAUGUCUGUACGGUCAAAAGGUAAAUGUCAACCGCUAAACAUGUUUGUUGCUACCUGAGUGUGACGAAAUGAACACUUGAGGUUAGACUGUCAGGACUGGUCUAUUCCUGUGAGUCGUUGCCUUGAUCUUUUGCAAAUGCUUCAUUAUAAAUGGUAAGUGUUGGUAUUGCUAACCAUACAUAUAUAUAUAUAUAUAUAUUGAAUGAGAUGAGAUUGUAAUUAUAGGCACAGUUGUGUUUUGUAGAAUUACUGGCUCACUGGCCUGAGGGCAAAGUGUUGACAUUUGUUAUAAAAAAAGAAAAAAAGCUCCGACACGGAUUGCAUUUCAGUCCUGAGGAAUAUAGUGAUGUGUGAAAGACGGUGCUUAUUUCUUUUUGUUUAUUCACAUUAAUAUGUUCUUACGCUCGACUAAAGGUCAGUGUCUGCAAAGGACGUGAUGCAUUUCAUGUUUCAUGAAUUGGGCAUCGCAUGUCCUACCAUUCAGCGAUGUCAUCGGGGAGGAUUCGCCAUUGACGCCUAGCUGCUGAUCUUUCAUAUGCAGCGUGGAGCUCUUGUCAAUGCGCAAUAAAUACAUCAUUAAUCUAAAUUGUUUCUGAUGGGAUUACUUAUUCAACUGGAAAUGCCUUCAUAUGGAACGUGUUGACAGGUAUUAAACAGU